AUGUCGUCGUCGUACAUCACCACCCGCCCGGCACUGGCCGCAAUAUCGGACGGUUUCUUGGCGCUAUCAUUGACAGUGCGCUCGUCGUGGCGGCGGCUGCUGGUGUCGUGGGUGUACACGCCGGCGGGGAUCUUUCUGAUCCUGCUAGCGUGCUGGGGCGUGGAUUCGGCGAUCAGGCUGACGGGGGUGUCGUUCCCGGCGAGCGUGGCGUGUAUGAUUUUGUUGUUUGCGGGGCUGGUGGGGUGUGAGGUGGUGCUGGGGGAGCGGAGGACGAGGGGCGUGGUGAGGGUUGUGGAUGUGCCUACCGGUUUCGCCUUACGAUAUAUCAACGUCUUCUUUACACCCAGCUUCAUACUCUUGCCUCUCAGCCCAAGCAUAGGCGGCGUCGAAAUCGGCAAGAUAAUAGCAAUCUUUAUAAUCGGCUUCGUCGUAAUGCUCAUCUUCACCGCCUACCUCGUGCAGGCGCUGCAAGUCCUCUUCAAGACCUCCAAGCACGCGGACGAAAGCGCCCCCGAGUCAAUACCCCUGACCAACACGCCCCAAGCGCGGUCUAUCGGCAACACACCCCAAGACUCACUCCUCAACCUAGAGACAGAACUUGUAUCGCCGCAGCCCGCAGCAGAACCAAACCACAUCCGCGGCCCAGGGCCGCAAUGCGCUUUUGCCUCGCAGACGCCUGCGCUGCUGUCAAUUCUCCGGCAGGAGGGGAGUCCGCUAUCUAGGCCACAGAGAUGGGCUGCGUUCUUAAAUACUCACCUUGAUACCGCUACGUAUUCCCUCUUCCUACUCAUAGGGAUCGUAGUGUUUUACACCACAUCCUACGCCAUGCCACUCCACCUCUCCCUCAACGUCCUCACCUACACCCUCUCCCUCUCCCUCCCCCCCAAAGCCCGUCGCAUCCUGCACCCCGUCCUCACCACCUCCCUGCUGACCCUCCUCCUGCUAACGCUCCUCUCCCUCAGUACGCACCAACCCCUCCCCACCACGCUCAAGACUUACUCAACAAGCACCCGCUACCUCUCCCUCUUCCGCGGCCAAACCCCCUCCCUCCCGCUGCCAGGCGCCGGCGACAUCUUCGCCUCCGUCCUCGACGCCUCCAUCGUCUCCCUCGCGCUGCCCAUGUACACGCACCGCGCCUCCCUCCUCACGCACCUCCCCAGCAUCCUCCUCCCCUGCACCGCCCUCGCCGCCGCCUCCCUCUUCGCGUACCCCGCGCUCUGCAGCGCCCUCGGCCUCGCCCCCGCGCGCGCGCUCUCCUUCGCCGCGCGCAGCCUCACGCUCGCGCUUGCGCUCCCGGCCGUCGGGAACCUGGGCGGCGACGCGAACCUGGCCGCCGUGCUGUGCAUCAUGAGCGGCAUUGUGGGCGUGCUGGUGGGCGGCGGCGUGUUGAGGGUCGCCGGGGUGAGGAGGGAGGACUAUGUGACGAGGGGGGUGGCGAUGGGGGUUAAUGGUGGGGCGAUUGCGACGGCGGCGCUGGUGGUGGGCGGGGAUCCGAGGGCGGCGGCGUUGGGGGUGUUGGCGAUGGUGGUGUUUGGGAUGGGGGUUGUGGUGUUGACGGCUGUGCCGGCUGUUGUGGGGACUUUGAAGGGCAUGGUGGGAAUAUAG